AUGUCUAAGUUGAUUACUGUGUUCGGCGCCACGGGCAACCAAGGUGGCUCUGUCAUUGAUGCUAUCCUCGCCGAUGGCCAGCUUUCAAAGGAAUUCAAAGUCCGCGGUAUCACUCGCGACACUACCAAGAAAUCGGCACAGGACCUGGCCAAGCGUGGUGUCGAAGUCGUCUCGGCGGAUUUGGGCUCAACCGACUCUCUUACCGCAGCUCUAAAGGGGUCUCACACCGUGUUUCUGGUUACCAACUACUGGGAAACCAUGAGUGCCGACAUCGAAUACUCCCAAGGCAAGAACGUGGCCGAUGUCUCCAAGGCCGUUGGUGUCUCCCACCUCAUAUUCUCUUCCCUCCACCAUGUGACGGAGGAGACCAAGGGACGCCUGAGCCAUGUUCCUCAUUUCGACAGCAAGGCCAACAUCGAAAAGUACAUCCGCGCUUCAGGGGUUGGUUGCAGCUUCAUUCUCCCAGGAUACUACAUGAGCAACUUCACUUCCAUGCUCAAACGGGGUGAAGAUGGCACCUACCAGCUCUUCUUCCCUGUUAGCAACCAAGCCAAGUUCCCUCUCUUCGAUGCCGCCAACAAUACAGGUCUCUUCGUGAAGGCCAUAAUUAAGCAUGCGGAUCAGCUGAAGAACAAACAAAUCUUGGCGGCUGCCAAGUACUACACCCCUGACGAGAUUGUGGAUACCUUCUCUCAGGUAACCGGUAAGAAGGCUGCCUUCAUCCAGGUUACUCCGGAUCAGUACAAGGCCGCCUUGCCCGCUGCUGUGGCCCAAGAAUUUCUCGAGAAUCAGCUUUUCGUGGAGGACCCAGGCUACUAUCUCGGAGAGCCUCUUGAGCCAAGCCUGAAGCUUCUUGAUUCUGAGCCUACUACCUGGGCGGAGUUUGUGAAGAAGAACAUUUCCUCUUGGGAUUGA